CAAUAAAAUGACGCAGACGCAAGAAUGAUGAUUACUACAAUAUUUUUCAACUUGAUAUCAUUUUAAAAAUAAGAUUUUAUUUACUUUAGGAUGCCCAUUAUUUCUCUAAUCGAUUUUUGUAUAAACAACAAAAAGUAUUGUUUUUUGACUUUGCUGUGUGUGUUUUGAAACUGUGAUUGGACUAAUAAUAAUGGUAAAAUACACAACUUCACCUGUACCAUCUAAUUAUCCCAGAAGUACUUCUCCGUUGCCUGCACCAGCUAAUUACCAACCAUGUACACCUAGUGCAGCGGCAAAACGCUACAUAUACUUGAGAAGAUUGUUCAAAUUCAAUCAAAUGGACUUUGAUUUUGCAGCCUGGCAAAUGGUAUAUUUGUUUGUCUCACCACAGAAGGUGUUUAGAAAUUUCAACUAUAGAAAACAUACUAAAUCACAAUUUGCCAGAGAUGAUCCUGCAUUUCUAGUUUUACUGAGUGUGUGGCUUUUCUUAUCUUCAGUAUGUUUUGCGCUGGCUAUGGGACUUACAACAAUACAAACAGCAUUAUUUGUGCUGUAUGUUGUGUUUGUUGACUUUAUAGGAGCUGGGAUAUUUAUGUCAACAGUAUUAUGGGUUGUAAGCAACAAAUACCUACGAAUGGACUCUUCAGCCCCUGAUGUAGAGUGGGGUUAUGCAUUUGAUGUCCAUAUUAAUGCAUUCUUUCCACCCUUGUCACUAUUGCAUUGCUUUCAGAUAUUACUUUUCAAUGGCCUUCUUAGUCAUGGCGGUUUACUGUCAUGUGUUGUUUCAAACACAUUUUGGUUGGCUUCCUUCAUAUAUUAUUUGUACAUCACAUUUCUGGGAUACAGCAAUCUACCAAUGAUGAAAAAUACUCGAAUAUUUCUACUGCCCCUACCGUUACUGGUGCUGCUCUAUUUAGCAUCACUAAUGGCAGAUUGGAAUCUUAGUCAUAUGCUAAUGAAUUUUUACCAUUACAGAGUACUUUAAGAAAAACACUUAUUCCACUAUAUAUAUGCUUGUAAUAUCUGCCUGAAAAAUGAAAAAUAUUAAACUACUUAGUCUAAGAAACUAAUUUCCUAUUAUUUAAAAGUGUUGUUGAAUUUAUUAUCAUUUGAACUAAAUAAAUAGUAACAUUGGGACUUGAUUAUUUAUUAUUUCGCGUGAAACGCAGGUAGAUAAUACAUGGGAUGCCAUCCAUUUGUUUUGUGUUUCAUUGUUUUAUUAAUUAGUUUGUGAUCAACAACAACAAUUCUAAAAUUAUUCUAUCUCAGUUUUGUAUGUCUGCAACUAUAUACAAUGGAUAAAUUAGGUAUUGUUACGUGAAUAAACCCAUAUGAGUACUUUUAUAAACUCAAGUGACCAAGGCAAUAAAAUUUAUUCAUGGUUGUAAACUGUUAGUUUAAGUGAUUUAAUUGUAAAUUAAUAUAUUAUACAAAAAUAUACUUGUUAUUAUUGUUCGCCGUUUGCUAGUAUAAAAAAACAAUACUGUUUCAAUGUUAUUUAUAAGAGAUAUCUUUUGCUUCAGUUCUUCAUAUUUAAAUAUAAAAUAAUACAUUAUGUUGUGUAAGUAAAUUCUUAGACAGUUGCUUGCUGGGCACAACUCCUGUGAAACAUUCAAAACAAUAGUUGUUAUUUAAUAAUUUAGCAUUCAAACGUUAAAGUUUCAUUUAUAUUAUGACAAUAUAUAUAUUUUAACUUACAUUGGUGUAAAUAGAUUUUAAAUUAAGUUUAUAAAACUAGCUAUAUUAAUCUUCGUUUUGUUAACUGGACGCGAAAUUUCGAGUGUUUUUCAAUGUACU